AUGACAGAUGUGAUUAUGUAUAUCUUUGGUUACGGUUCAUUAUUAUGGUAUACUGAUUUUGAGUAUGAUGAAGUAAUUCCUGGUGAAGUACAAGAUUUUGUUAGAAGAUUUUAUCAAUUAUCACCUGAUCAUAGGGGAACAGAAAAAAAUCCAGGAAGAACUGUUACAAUUAUACCUGAAAAAGGUGGAUCAUGUUGGGGAUUAGCUUAUCAUGUGCCUGAAGAAUAUGUUGAAAAGACUAUUGCUUAUCUUGAUCAUAGAGAACGUGCCGGAUAUCGUAGUGAAUUAGUUACAUUUAAACCAGAUAAUGGUAAUCAACCUUUCCAAGUUUUAGUUUAUAUUGCCAUUCCUGAAAAUAAUCCAUAUCUCUCACCGGCAACAUCAAUAUAUGAUAUCUGUGAUGUUAUUAUCUCAUCACAUGGUAGAAGUGGAAGUAAUUUGGAAUAUGCUUUGCGUUUAGCUGAUUGUGUUAGACGUAUGGCUCCUCAUAUCAAAGAUGAUCAUUUAUUUGAUAUUGAAAAUGAAUUAAUUAAACGUUGUAAGUCAUUAUAUAUUAAUGAUAAAGUUUUAUUUGACAUUGGAUAUAAACUUGAUUAUUUACAAAAUAUGAACAAUCAUACAAAAAGUAUUGAAAAAGAAACAAAUUAUAUAAAAAUCAGCAUCCCUUAA